AUAGGUUACUGGAACGUUUAUCGAUCCCUCGCGAUUUUCGUCGAGGGCGUCUAGAGCUCUGUUUGGGUACCUCGCUGCUGUCUGUUGAUCAAAGACAUUCUUGCAAGACUACUACUCCACUCCAAAAAGGACAAGCCUCCGCAAACUAUGUCAGACCCCUUUGUCCCCUCAGUUACUGCCAUAUUCGUGCUUGACAAUGAUGGUCAGCGGCUAUCAGCGAAGUAUUUCAACCCGAUAUUCGCCACCAACGCAGAAAAGAUGGCAUUUGAGAUGCGUGUUUUCAAAAAAACCCGGCACAACAACGCCCGCUCCGAAUCCGAGAUCAUAACAAUAGACAACUUCACCGUCGUUUUUCGGUCCGGCACUGAUGCGCACUUUUAUGUGGUGGGAGAUGCGAAGGAGGUAGGAAGGGAGGGCGGAACGUUAGAGAAAAAGGGCAAGCAAGGUGGAGCAGUGCGCGUCAAGUCAAAAAUGGACGGCGUUUACGCACGUGGGACCUAUACACAACAUUUCCGUGGGGUUCCCUGGAUUCUGUCACAGAACGAGCUAAUCUUGGCCACUGUGCUGGACGCGUUUCGCGACGCCAUUGCCAUGCUCCUGCGGGGCCAAGUGGACCGUCGCUCGCUUUUGGAUAAUCUGGACCUGCUCAUGCUCACAGUGGAUGAGUUGGUGGACGGUGGAAUCAUCUUGGAAACGGAUUCUUCCGCUAUUGUCGCGCGUGUUUUGAUGCGGGGCGUAUCCGGAGGUCAAAAUGUCCCCUUGGCGGACAUGACCAUCUCACAAGCAUUCGCGUCUGCGAAAGACUCCUUCAUCAAAAGCAUGGGGAAUCGCGAAGGAAACUUUUAAGGCCGUGAUGGCAGACGGGAAGCGAUAUAAAAAGCAAACGAUGGCAACACCCGACUCAUGCUGUUGACGGGGUUAGGAGAAGGGGGGGGGAAUGGUGCGCAAAAUGGAACGAAGAGCUCUUAAAAUCGAAAGCAAGCAAGAAGUCGAAACAAG